AGGUGGUUCCAUCCAAACAUCACCGGUAUCGAGGCAGAGCAGAUGCUGCUGACGCGGGGCGUUCAUGGGAGCUUCCUGGCCCGGCCCAGCAAAAGCAACCCUGGAGACUUCACCCUCUCCGUCAGGAGGGACGAUGAGGUCACCCACAUCAAGAUCCAGAACUCGGGGGACUACUACGACCUGUACGGCGGGGAGAAGUUUGCCACGCUGGCGGAGCUGGUGCAGUACUACACCGAGCAGCAGGACCUGCUGCGCGAGAGGAACGGCCACGUCAUCCAGCUCAAGUACCCGCUCAACUGCAAGGACCCCACUACUGAGAGGUGGUACCACGGCCACCUGUCGGGGCGGGACGCGGAGAAGCUGCUCCUGGAGAAGGGCCGCGUGGGGAGCUUCCUGGUGAGGGAGAGCCAGAGCAAGCCGGGCGACUUCGUGCUCUCGGUGCUGACCAACGAGGAGAAGCAGGAGAACCUGGACCGCCGGACCAAGGUCACGCACGUCAUGAUCCGCUUCCAGGACGGGAAGUACGACGUCGGGGGCGGGGAGCGCUUUGACACGCUAGCCGACCUGGUGGACCACUACAAGAAGAACCCCAUGGUGGAGAAGAGCGGCAUUGUGGUUCACCUCAAACAGCCCUUCAACGCCACAAGGAUUAUCGCCUCCAACAUCGAGAACCGGGUACGGGAGCUCAACAAGGUGGCGGACAACUCGGAGAAACCCAAACAGGGCUUCUGGGAGGAGUUUGAGGUUCUGCAGCAGCAGGAGUGCAAGCUGCUGUACCCCAGGAAGGAGGGCCAGCGGGCUGAGAACAAGAGCAAGAACCGAUACAAGAACAUCCUCCCCUUUGACACCACCCGCGUGGAGCUCCGAGAAGUCGACCCAGAGGUUGCUGGUUCUGACUACAUCAACGCCAACUAUAUCCGCAGCUUCCGGGAGGAGGGCCAUUCCGGGGAGGAGGAGGGCAAAGUGUUCAUCGCCACGCAGGGCUGCCUGCAAAUCACGGUGGUGGACUUCUGGAAGAUGGUCUACCAGGAGAACACGCACGUCAUCGUCAUGACGACCAAGGAGAUGGAGCGGGGGCGGAACAAGUGUGUGCGCUACUGGCCCUCGGAGCCCGACAGCAGCAAGGAGUUCGGGAACAUCCUGGUCCGCAACGUGAAGGAGAGGCCGGCCCAGGACUACAUCCUCCGGCAGCUGGAGGUCACAAGGCUGGACCGGAGGGAGCCGGUGAGGUACAUCUGGCACUUCCAGUACCUGAGCUGGCCCGACCACGGCGUGCCCACCGAGCCGGGCGGCGUGCUCAGCUUCCUGGAGCAGGUCAACCACACCCAGACCACCAUUCCAGACACAGGGCCCAUCGUCGUCCACUGCAGCGCGGGCAUCGGGCGGACAGGCACCAUCAUCGUCAUCGACAUUCUCAUCGACGUCAUCAACCGCCAAGGCCUGGACUGUGACAUAGACAUCCCGAAGAGCAUCCAGCGCGUGCGGCAGCAGCGGUCGGGCAUGGUGCAGACGGAGGCCCAGUACAAGUUCAUCUACAUGGCCGUGCAGCAGUACAUCGACACUGCCCAGAAGAGGCUGGAGCAGGAACAGAAGAACAAGACCCUGGAGAGCGAGUACUCCAACAUCCAGUACCCCCCGAUGACCAACUCCAGGUCCAAGAUCAGCAUGAACGCCUCGCGCUCCUCCUCUGUGUUGACGAACGAUGACUCGUCCAGCAUCUACGAGAACAUCUCCAUCAAGAGCCCCAAAGCCGCCAGCAGCGGCCCCGCCAGAAGUUUCAGCUGAGCAGCGCUCCACCUGCAGCCCCUGGUGGUGGAGGGAGGAAGGAGGUGCUGGGUGGAGCGAGACGGAGGCUGUGGUGAGUGUGUGUGUGUGUGUGUGUGGGGGGGGGGAGGUUUGGACGUUCUGGUGGAUGCCCCCUCCACCACCACCACCACCACCACCACUACCACCACCCCUUCACCCACCGACCAAGGGAGGCCAGCGAGGUACUACCCCAUCUUCCCCACUCCUUGGCUGGGGCUCCACCUGGC